CAACCGUCUGUCAUGCGACUACUCCGGCUUGUAUCUAGUUGAGUUUCGGCAGCGUAAUCAUCAGAUGCAGCCCAGCGAUGACAAGGGAAAGAUACUUUCCUCGCAAUCAAACGUCACUAGGAAAAAAUCCUGACGCUAACAAGAAUUGGAAUCAGGACAAUGGAGUUGCUGAAAUUGCUGAUGAAUUCUUGCGUAAUACAUCUAUACAUGGAAUGAAGUACAUAGGAGAGCGAAACAGGCCCGUUUUCGAAAGAAUAUUAUGGCUGUCACUUGUGAUCGUCGGUUGCUGCGUUUCUGUAUGGAUGUGCUAUCUGGAAUGGACUAAAUGGAGCGAUUCAUCUAUUUUAAUUACUCGCGAUCCAUCAGUGGUCACUCACGACCCAAUGAACUUUCCUGUUAUCACUAUGUGUAGCACUAACAAAAUCUCUAAAAAGAAAUUAGCCGAUGUACUUCAAGAACCAAAGUAUAGUUGGAUGAAUUAUUCGUCCCUGGUAAAAACAAUUCGAUACAUGACAAAAUUCGAUGGCCUGUUAAGCGAAGACGAAGAUGAUGACUUCCAACAACUGCUUCAAGAGCUCACCAAACAUGAUAUUGCAAUAGCAGAUUUAGUUGAGGUUGUCCGUCAGGUGCCACCUGCUUGCAAAGAUAUGGUUGUUGAUUGUCAAUGGAAAUCGAGUGUUGUUGCUUGCGAGCAUAUUAUGUCUCUUAGGCUAACUGAUGAUGGCUACUGCUGCUCCUUGGACGUCGCCGCUCUUGACAGCGAUGUUGAGAAUAGGUUUGCUACAAAGUCGACUAGCACGGUUUACAAUUAUGGUGUUCAUUCCGCUUUACGACUCAUACUUGAUCCUAACUUGAACGACAAUGCUCUCAGCACUGUCAGUAUUGAUGGUUUCAAGAUUCUGUUGCACAACAAAAAUGAAUUUCCGGACGUGACUGAACGCGGAUUCAUUGUUGGAUCAGGCUACGAAAAUUUUGUAGCUCUUAACCGUUUUUCAGUCAGUUACACGCCAGCUGUCCAAGCCGCACCUUUCGACCGACGUCAGUGUUAUGUUGACGGUGAAGGAUCCCUAAAAUACAGCCAAGGUGUUAACUACACUCGCUCCAGUUGCCUUUUCGAGUGCCGUGCUGAAAAGAUCCUACAAGCAUGUCACUGCUUACCUUAUUUUAUAAAAGUAAGCGUUUCAGCUCCCACCUGCAAACUGCAAGCCUAUCCUUGUGUUACCAAAUUCUAUGUUCGAGCUAUUGUCACGGCAUCAGUUACUGUAAACUGCAUGUGCCCGGCCACCUGUAAAGACCAAUGGUUCACAACGGAAAUUUCUUCAGCUCCUUUAUCUCCUACGGGAUUUCCGGCAACGAGGAAUUUCAAGCGAAUAUCAAAAAAUAGAAAUAUGGACGCUAAUUACAGUGUGAAGCUGAUUGGCCUCCGCGUAUUCUUCAAAUAUAACGCUGGUGAAAGUUUUACAAUGGACGUUCCAUUUGGCAACAAAGAACUUUUAGCUUCCGUUGGUGGUAUAUUGGGUCUCGGCCUUGGUUUCAGCAUCAUUAGCGCAAUUGAACUGUGCUAUUUCCUGUGUUGUGGUUGGUUUUUUCGCACAAAACGAAGCAUGCCAAAAACCAUUGCGAAUUUGCCGAGCAGUUCUAAAUUUCUCAGAAAUCAGCGUCGGCGACCACCUCCAGUAAUCAAAGUUUUCCCUGAUUCUAGGGUGGCAACCAUCGCUUGGCCUAACACUGUUUCUAAAUGAAGGAUUAUCUUUGUUGGCAUUUAUGAAUUAUUCUUAAGUUUUUAAUGUAGGAAGAUAAUCAAGAAAAAACGAAGUUGAUACGUUAAUUUUAACGGUGCCACACCCUUCUGCAAUAGUCAAACUUGUUUACUCGUCUAAAAGCAUUAUGAUAUUGAGAAGCGUUCGACACUUCAACACACACUCAGUUGUCUAAUAAAUUAGAAAAUUUUCGUUCUGUUAUACUUCCCGACGCCCAAUGGAACACUUUAUAAUACAUGUCCAAGAUCGCCAAACGCA